UGUUAGGUUGUCAUAGAGUUGGGGUCCUGGGGAGACGAAAGCUUGACCAAAGCUAGUUUAAUUUGCUAUAUAUAGUGUUUUGUUUUGGGUCUUGAUUUUAGAUGACUAUUAGUUGGGGUUGGGGAGUGAUGGCAGGGUAUUUGGGUUGGGGUCUUAUUGAAGAGGGUUGGAGGAAGGGGCCUUGGACAGCUGAGGAAGACAGGUCGCUCAUUGAGUAUGUGAAAUUACAUGGUGAAGGAAGAUGGAACUCUGUGGCUAGGCUUACAGGAUUGAAAAGAAAUGGAAAGAGCUGCAGAUUGAGGUGGGUGAAUUAUUUGAGGCCAGACCUUAAGAAGGGACAAAUAACUCCACAUGAAGAGAGUAUUAUACUAGAACUGCAUGCUAGAUGGGGGAACAGGUGGUCGAAAAUUGCGCGGAAUUUGCCAGGGAGAACAGAUAAUGAGAUUAAGAAUUAUUGGAGGACCCAUUUCAGGAAGAAGACCAAACUGUCUCCUGAUAGUUCCAAAAAGGCCAAAACUCACCUUUCGAAGAGGCAACAGUUUCAGAAGCAGCAGCAGCAACAGCAGCAGCAGCAACAAUUGCAGCUACAACAGCUCAAUCAAUUGAACAUCAAGAGAAUCAUGUCCUUAUUACUUGAAGAUGAUACGAAUAGUGACCAGAAAGCAGAAUCGGGAGUACUAGUUCACUUGCCAAGGCAAGAAAUGGCCACUGGUACUAGUAAUGGGAGGAGUAGUGACCAUGACCAGGCCUCUAAUAACUGUGAGGAGAGUUUAUGGGAUGGCUUGUGGAACUUGGAUGAUAUGCAUGGGAAUUUUUGUGUGGGAUGUGCACCUGCAACUGCAAGCAAAGCUAGUAGUACUGGUAGAGUGCAGAAUUUAGUUGCUCCUUUUUGCUAACUUAAAUAUUAUGUUGCUUUAAUGAAUGUUUUCAAACUUGGGUUGUAUUGUAGUUCUAGCAAAAGUAUUAUGGACUCUUCUUAGUUCUUACUGUGAUAAAGCAAUCUAAUUAAGUCUGCAUGGAAAUAAGUAAUUGUCUAUGUUAAGCAA